UCCAGCUAACAACACAGGAAACCGACUCCGUAAAACCUCCUCUCGGAGUCAUCCACGUUCAUAUAAAACCGUUAUCUCUAAAAUGUCCACCCCGCUGCUUCUCAGGGCUUUUGUAAACGAGCGACUGACAGCUGCUGUCGAGGAGAUAUUUCAGGUUUUUGAACGAACCAUAACACAAUAUGAAGAAGACGCGUCCAGCUCUAAACAGGAGAUUGAGCGGCUCGGAGGUUUGCUGCAGGAGUUUGUGUCAAAUCACAAAACAGACAUUUCUGAGUCAUCCACCUGUAAAGAGGAGAUUUCCCCCGAGCAGCUCCACUGUGAGCAGGAGCUGAGCCCCAACGUCCAUCUGAGGGGCCCAGACACACCUCGACACAUCAAAGAGGAAGCUCAUGAACUCUGGGCCAUUCAGCGGCCAGAAGAAGAGUUUAAGGACGCUGAUGUCUCAUGCCUACCUCAUUCAUCGGCUUGGGUGAAAAAUGAGCACGACGUCACACGUCUGCCUUUGCAUCCUCAGACUCAAACCAGUGAGAGUGAGGAGCAACUUCAGGAUGAAAUCGAAACUGUGCAUUUUGUGCUACCUCUCUCUUCACAAACCCCGAUCCAUAAUGAAAUGGUCCAAGAUGGCAGGGGAAGCAAAAGAACCGCUGCAAGUUUUAUGUCCAACCAAACACAGAACGAUCAAAGUCUGAGCGCCAUCAUCACAUCCAGAGAAUCCCCUCAUUUACCUCAGUUGAGUUUAGUUGCGCCUGACUAUCGUUGCCAUUUGUGCGAUAAAUCCUUUUCCUCCAAUCAUCACCUGACAAACCAUGCCUUUCGCAUCCAUUCAAAGGACGCCGAUGUCCUCUGCGCUGUGUGUGGUCGAACCCUGGAGUCCACCGAAAGCCUUAAGGUGCACCUAAAUUCCCACAGGGGCUCAAAAUGUUGUCACGUGUGUGGCAAACAGUGCAAAAGUAACACGGCUCUGAGCGAACACAUGGCCGGCCACUCCGGGGUGAAACUGCAUCACUGUCACGUGUGUGGGAAGGCGUGCAGCCGGAAAGGAGAUCUGAAGAUACACAUGAGGAUUCACACGGGCGAAAAGCCCUUCUGUUGCUCUUUCUGUGAUAAACGUUUCACCCACAGUGGACAUCUGAGGAAGCACUUGAGAAGCCACACCGGCGAGAGGCCGCACCGCUGUGGCGUCUGCGGCAGAGGCUUUCUCCAGAGCACACACCUGAAGUACCACUUACGGACUCACGCUCGGUAAAAAUGUGUAAAAGAGCAGCCGUUAAGUGAUCACGUGAUUCAUCUGACGGCCCAUCAGCCAUAAUGUUCAAUGUUUUUAUUCAUUUUUUUGAAUGUACAUUUGCUUGUGUAAAAUCCUUGAUUUCCUCUUAAAACGGCUGAAAUGGAAACAAAAGGAAAACCAAACUGACUCAUGGAGUUUAAAGGGAAGUAUUUUUAAUCUUUCACUUCGCACAAACAUAUAUUUAUAUCAUAUUUUAAUAUACGUCCGUCGUCACAGUUGUGAACUCGUGUUCUGGUGGAAACUAAGAACCAACUAGCAGAAUGUAUGUAUUUAUUUAAUAUUAUAUUAAUAAAGCAACAUGUUAUGGAGCCGGUGUGUUGUUCGCUUCAGCAGCAGCUUUCCAUAUAUUAAAAAACACUUUCACAGC